CACCUUCCACCACAAUCUCUCUAUCCUCUCUUUACUCACCACUGUCUUCCUUUCCUCAUCAGCAUCCUCCUUCCCUCCUCCUUCUCUCCUACUUUUCUCCGCCCCCAGCCCCCAAGCCUCCGCCCCUUAGCCCCCGCCCCCAGCUGCCUGCCAGUUCCCAGCAGCUCGGUCCUGCAGUGAGAGUCUUGGGAGUCCAUAGCUAAGCACCAGGAGCUGAGCGCUGCCCGCUGUGCCUGCCCACAAGUCUCAACAUGGCUCAGGAGAAAAUGGAUCUGGACUUUGAGCCUGACACAUCUGAUGGGGGAACCCUAAGGAGAGCUAACAGCGCUCCCCUGAUCCAUGGGCUCAGUGACCUUUCACAGGUUUUUCAACCAUACACAUUGAGAACUCGGAGGAAUAGCACAACAAUUAUGAGCCGUCACAGUUUGGAAGAAGGCCUGGAUAUCAUGAACAGAGAAACUGCACAUGAAAGGGAAGUGCAAACGGCAAUGCAGAUAAGCCAAUCAUGGGAUGAGAGCUUGAGCCUGAGUGAUAGUGAUUUUGACAAGCCAGAGAAAUUAUAUUCUCCAAAGAGAAUUGACUUCACUCCAGUUUCUCCAGCCCCUUCACCCACCAGAGGAUUUGGAAAGCAAUGCUUUUCACCAUCCUUACAAAUGUUUGUGAGUAGCAGUGGGUUGCCACCAAGUCCAGUUCCUAGUCCAAGACGAUUUUCGAGCAGGAGGAGUCAAAGUCCAGUCAAGUGCAUUAGGCCCAGUGUUCUUGGUCCUCUUAAAAGAAAAGGUGAAAUGGAGACAGAAAGCCAGCCCAAGAGACUCUUCCAAGGCACUACCAAUAUGCUAUCUGCAGAUGCUGCACAGUUGUCUGAUCUCAGUUCAUGGUGGUGUUAUCAAGGAGAAGAAAUUCCUGCCUUGACCAGAUGUGUGGAGCAUCUACAAAUGAAUGAAUAAUGUUAUUAACAUACAAACCACUGUGUACAAAAGCAUCCAUGGAGCUGUCAGUGUCUCGGGUGGUAUUAUGAGGCCUUGGGUGCCUUGGGGUACAUUGUCGUGCUGUAAGGGAUGUAUAUCAUAAGGUAGGGUGAAAGAGGGGGCUUUAUGUAUGUGAUUGCCACAUACUGUUUUGGUUGCUGCUUUUUUCUGAUUCCUUUUUGUCGUUGCAUUUGUUCUGUCGUGUGGUGAUUGGUGUUGUGGUUAUUGCGUUGCUACCAGAAUUAGAAUCCAGUUCUUGUUCAUACUGCCUAAUAAUAAGGGCAGUUUAAUAUCUACAAGGACACUUUUAGGAGCUGAAAAAGUCAAUGUUACUGUGCAUUCUGCUUUUAAGAAGCUGAGCUAUGAACAGUGUACAUGCUAGUAAGUGUGAGGUACCAUAAGUUACUUAAUUUUUCAAAGAGAAAAUUCCUGACUGAGCUUUUUAAGAAAUCUGAGUGUAGUCUCUUGUUGUGUUAUUUAUUAUUUGUAGCUGUGUAAAAUGUCUGUCGUGAUAGAUUUCUUUUAAUGUUCGGACAUUGUGGUUGGAUUGUCUGUGUUUAAUAUGCAAAUUUGCCUGCUUAGGAUCAUAAUAUUACAUUCUUAAAUGAAUGUAAAAAAUGAAAACUACUGCAUUUGUGUCUUUUGAAGGUAAAGAUCCUUGGAUGUUAAAGGAAGAUGAUGUGCUUUGAAGGUAUUCACAGACUAGUAACAGUGUAUGGCUUGAAGGGAAACCCAUUCUCUUUCAAUUACAAGAGAGCAUCACUUAACUUGCAGUAGUGCUCUUACAGCAUCAGAUGUGUUCUUUAUUUUAAAUUGUAAUCAUAACAGCCAUUAAUGGCUUUAUUUCUUGUAUUGCUCUUUCCUGUGCAAAGCCCAUAAUCCUUCAAACCUAACAUAAAUAUAUCUAUUAUGAAGCUUGUCCCCUAGUAUGCCAUUAUAAAGAAAAAAUUCUUUGAUGGUAUUUGGUAUCUCUCUUCUGUUUGGAAAAGAUCUGUGUCCAAAUGUUUCUGCCUCUACAAUGACAAUAGAUGGUUUUGUCUUACAGGAGAUUUAUCCACCUUCACUCUACUGUCUUCUUUGCCUUAAAGGGACACUUUUGGCCAUCAUUUUUGGGCUCUGAUUUAGGACUGUUAAGAAAUUACUUUGAAAUAUGAUGAAUUUAAAUUUGUUUUUGAAAUUCGGUGGAGGGGUAGAACUGGGGCAGGAAAUUGAAAUUGUUCUGAUGGUAUGAGAACUAGGAGGCAAGAUGAUUCACUUUAUUAUUUAAGCCAAGGUUUGUUUUUAGUUUUUAUUGUUUAUAUGGACUAGGAAGUUAAG